ACGUAAACUCGGCUAAACCCCUUGGAACUGAAGACGAAACAUAAACCCUUACACUCGCCUGAGCCCAUUUCCCCAUCACCCAUUCCAUCAACGCAGAAACAAAUGUCCAAGUGGUGCCGCGCGGCCGCCGGUGUUCUCAAAGCAACGGCGGAGACGCAGUCCCGCCGCUCGUAUCACACGAUCCAAGCCGUUCCGAGGGAAAGCUCCGGACACCGGAUCUCUGUACGAGACCGAGCUCAGGGACGCAUCCCCGCCGUUGUCUUCUCCCAGAGCUACGUUCAGAGAGAUCCUAAUGAUCCUACUUCUGUUGUCGCCUCCAGUUUGGUUUCUCGGAAACUGCUGCUUACCACGGAGCGGAAGCAGAUUCAGGCUAUUCUCAAGAACAUACAACUUCCGUUUUUCUGCUCCACUACUUUUCCGCUUCAGAUCCGGGCCGGGUCGGGUUCUUCCACUAUACUUGAGACGAGAAAGGUUCUUCCAAUUAAGAUACAUAGGGAUGAAGAUGGGAAGGUAUUGAAUUUGGUAUUCGUAUGGGCGGAGGAUGGAACGCAGCUGAAGGUGGAUGUGCCCAUUGUUUACAAAGGAGAAGAUGUAUGCCCCGGUAUAAAGAAAGGCGGUCGUCUAAGGCAGGUAAGAAGUAGUUUGAAGUACUUGUGUCCGGCUGAGCACAUUCCUGCAAAGAUUGAAGUAGAUCUGAGUAAUCUGGAUAUUGAGGACAGGGUAUCCAUGCAUGACGUCCCAAUUCAUCCAAGCUUGAAGCUUCUAAGUAAGAAUGAGAACAUUCCUGUUUGUAAGAUCAUAGCGACGGACAUUGGAGAAAUCGAACAUGCAUAGUACAAACUGGAUCGUUUCUGGAAUGUUUAAAAUAUAAUUUUAGCACCAGUUCAGCAUGAUGGUGUUAACGAUUGCAUGUUCAAUGUGAUAGGUGUUUGAGGUUAGUUGUUCAGACUGUUUGAGGUUAAGCCAAUUUCAUCGGUGCAGAAAUAAGUAUGUCAAUUCUUGUGAUUUAUAGCUGGUUGCUAGUAUACAAAGCACUGUUGUCAGAAAAUGAGUUGUUUUCUUCUCGAGCUGCAUUGCAAUCUCCUGCAUAGCGUCGGAAAGGAAUUUCACUGCAGCACUUUUGCGAAGUUUAGUCACUCAUGCUGUUACCUUUACGCAUCUAACAAUUUUCCUACUCACAUGUAAAAACUUGUUUCUUGUAUGCUAAUUUAAGCUGUUGAGCUGUUUGAAAACUAAAA